AUGGCCAAGCCAGUUAGUCCCAGUUUUGUCGGCAGAUCGAUUCUCAUUGCCAUACCAUCGACAAUGAUAUGGUAUGAUAUUCCAGUAUACAUAGGUGCACUUUUACUUUCACUAGGAAUCACAGCAUUUUUAGCGUGCAUUGGGCUAUAUUUCCUGACGUAUCGACUUUCCCACAGACGCAAGAAGCUUGCCAAAAUAGUGUAUCGUCAAUGUGAGCUAAUGCAUGCCUUUGUAACCAUUCUAAACCAGGUAUAUCCACACACGGCUUCAGUAGAGCAAUCUUCAUUAACAAGUUCUACUGGGAUAAGCCGCGGAAAUAAAGACAGUGAUGAAAACGAAAGCGACUCGGCUGGAAGUGAAGAGGAGUCACAGAAUAACACAGAAAGACUUGACCAAGCUAGUGUUUAUAAUCGCUACAAUAGUAGUGAUGAUCAAGAGAGUGUACAAAUGAUUGCAUCAUCUGAACCAAAUAUACUGACUAUUCAUACAAAGCGUGAUUUUCCGCGUCAGCGAAGCUUCAUUCCAUCCGUAUACAACUUGAUUCGUGUAUCUGCUACUGUAGUACUGAGUGAAGAUGGACGAAUUAUAUUGCACAAAGUCAAGGCAUUUUCAAUGUUUAAUAUGGGCACACUCGUGUUUUUGCUGCUCUCGGCAGUGUAUAUCCCAAUAUCAACUUCUCUAUUGACUGUGUUUGGCUGCACGGUACAAACUUGCUCUGCAGAUGUGGCUUCGCUCGCGUCUGAUCUGACUGCAUCUGCCAACACAACUGCCUGUGUCAAAUGCAGCUUUAAUACAACUAUGUGUCCAAUCGCAUCCUCUCUCUGUCCAGGUGAUACAGAUUUGCGACUCAACGCCGAUCCAUCACUCUCCUGCGCAACAGAGAUUCUUCCUUACUACGGGCCAGGCGCCAUUCUUAUGCUCAUUGUAAUCUGUUUGGGUGUUCCGUAUAUUUAUUACCGACUCACAUCUUUAGCAACAAAACUGGUACAAAUCAUUCCACCCAAUCCGCUUUUAGCAAACACACCACAAAGCAUUUGGCAUUUACAAAUGCAGCUCUCUGCGAACAUUUGUCGUGGAUUGUACUAUGGGUACAAGUAUACAUGGCGGUAUUAUACACUUGUGUCUUUGAGUCAAAAACUGGCUGUUGUAGCAAUAUCGGUGUUUGCAGUACUAUAUCCCAGUAACUUAAUAAUGGCCAUUCUUGCCAUACACGGAGUGUGUUUAUUUAUUGCCAUCAUUUUCCGACCCUAUGAUCAAGUUGUAGAGAAUUUACUCAACAUAGCAUGCCUAUUUUUGAAUGCUAUGAACGCGACCGUAGCACUCCUGAUUGUGCUCAACAUUUAUCAAUUUUCUUCUGGUUUAAUCUAUUUUAUCUCGGCAUUAAACAUUGCGCUUCCAACUAUCUUGCUUAUUUAUUUGAUUGUGAUUGAUGUCAAGCGUACCAGUAUGCUCAAGAAGCAGAUCAAAAAAGCCAAGAUGGAUGAUCCUGAAUUGGACCGACUGAUCAAAGAGAUUGAUAUUCAAAUGAAUGCGUAUACGAUCAAGACUCUUGUGCGAUUUUUUAUGACUGUAGGCACAGUUGCAUUUUUAUCACUGGCACUGACGUGUAUUGGAUUUGUGAGAAGUAUUGUCGAGUCGAAUACAUACUCUUCAUCUGUUCCUACUGCAGCAACCUCCAAUUCAAGCGCAAUGUACGAGUUUGCAGGAUAUUCCAGCUGGAAUGAAUUUACAAACAAAUGUUGCUGCGAAUAUCAAACUGCAUCACCUCAAACCCAAACCAAUCUCAAUGAGAUUUGGAAAUGUUUACCAAACAAAAUCAGUAAUGGACAGUUUCUAUACAAGGUUCGCAAGCGCAGUGGUUUAGGAUCUGAAAAUGGAUUGGCCAUUCGACCUUAUUGCAGUUCAACGUUUAAUUCAUCAGCAGUGUGUGGCCAGCCAUCUUAUAACUCAACAUUCCACAGAUACACAGUUCCAAUUUGCGCAUCUUCAACGAAUGAUUAUUCAGACAUUCAGAAGGGAUCGUUAUGGUGA